GAACCCCGGACGGAGAUGCAACAGGCAGGAGGAGAAGCUGCCCCUGUUGAAUGGCUGCCUGGCGGUCCCUCCCGCGCCUCCCCUUCCCGCAGUGGGAAGUCCCUGCCUCCUCCUCCUCCUCCUCCUCCGCGCGGGUUGCAUCUCCCCAUUUCUCUUCUCCUCCCCUUCCCUUUCAUUUUCGCUUUGAUGCAUGACUUGCCCCGGCCGCUCCCAGCCUCCCGCGCCACUUUGCAACUUCGCCUCCCGGGGUUUUUUUGGGGUUCGGCCCUUCCCUGUUGCAACCCCAAAAGCCGCCACUCGCCACUCCGGUUUUGCGCAGCCUGAACCCGACGCCAUGGCGACUUUGGAGGUUUCCCCGGAGUGCGAGGCGAAGGUAAAGUGGAAUAAAUUGGGUGGGUGGGGGGUCACGGAGAGGCUGGUGUGUUUGUGGGGGUCUCAGUUUUAGGGGUGUGGUUUUUUUAAGGGGAGACUACAAGAGCAGAGGCAGAAUCUGCCUCCUGUCGCUUUUCAGAACGCGGCAGGCGGAAAUCCAACAGGUGUCCCCCUCACUUUCGCUUUUUUGCGGGGGAAGCCUGGGAAGGAAGAAAGUUCUUUGUUGGGGUUUCUAACCUGCCCAUCUUAGGCAAAGGCACCUUUACCCUGUCUAAUGGAGACGGGGUGGGGGCUCUAGGGGGUUGCCUGGAAUGGGGAGCGCAGGGGGAGAGAUUUGGGGGUACUUAAAAUCCGAAUUGGGAAGGACGUUUGAGCCCUGUCCCUGAACAACAGACAGGACGGCAGCUUUGGAGGAAGGGGUAAAGGUGGGUUGGUCUGGAUGGGGGGGUGCGCUUGGCACCUGUGUGGGAACCGGCACCCUGUUUUUUUUCCCCUUUUUAAAUAAUUUUUUUAUUAGAUUUUCCACAAUGAUAACACAAACUACAAAGCAAAAUGAUACACAAAAACAUAAAAAAGGGAACAAUAAACAGAUAAACAAUAACAACAAACUUAAUUCUUCACAAAUCCAACCUUGUAAACAUCUCGGUUGACUUCCUCAAAUCCCUCCCUUCUGAGUUUCCUUGUAAUUAAAAGUAACAGCUUUCCAAUAUCAUUAUUGAACCAAAACAAUUUCCAGUUAUAGUCCAUCUUGGUCACUUUUCUGAACAUUCUAAAGCCCAUUUAUUUAAUUAUAACUUAGUUUAAUCCUAGGCCUGUUUGUUUCUUUCAAGUAAUUUCUAAUUUUUUAUAUUACAAUAUUUAUUCAAAUAGACCUUAAAUUUCCCCGGCACCCUGUUUUCUGCCUCGUCAGGCGGUAGACCGAGCGGUGAGGCCAACAGGUGCGCAGCAAGAUCAGGUGAUGGCUGCCCCAGAGGGCCUGGCGUGGGGCCCAGACGCGUCUGGCCAUUGUCCUGACUCUGUACAUUUUUUCGAUCCAUAGUUUCAUUUUUUUCUCUUUUUCCACUGUGCAGGUGAACUCCUUCAAGAAGGAGCUGUGUACCCAGGUAAGAGGCUCUCAUUUUUUUUCUUUACUAUCCCCCCAGCACCCCAAAACCCCUGUGGCUUUUACUACAGAGGCACCCCCAAAGCUUAUUCCUUUAGGAAGGGGGAUAGGGAAGGCUAAACCAAACUGGAUCUCUGUCCCAGAGCCUACCUCUCUGCUGACAUGGUUGAACCCCUAGAGUAACAGUUAACCACUGAGCACGUGCAGAGUGCAAUUCCCACACGCUUGGGAUUUUGGGGGCCACAUUCCCGUUUCAAAGUGUGUAACCCCUAGGCAAGUUCUGAGCCCCGCUGCCAUAACUUUCAUUUUACAUUCCAUUUUUAAAAAAAUAUUUAAAAUUGAUUUUCUGUGGUUUAACAUAGAAUUAAAGCAGAAGAAGGAGCUAAAACCAUCUUUGGUACGUUUCGAUAUCCGAACGGUUCUGCUUUGGAUUUUGCCACAAAACUGCACAAGAUUCUAGUUCCUUUUGAGUAAGCAGAGAUUAGCCACCAUAAUACCGGAUAUAAGCUUUGCUGCUAAGAUUUUAGGCCUCCACAGAGUGGAGCUGCUUCCUGUGACUUUGCAUUUUAUUUUAUUUUAUUUUGGACGGUUGUGCGAAUGUGCAUCUGUUUCCCUCCCCCCUUCUCUUUUAAUCUGCCAGAGUUUUCAUUCCUUUUGUCCUCCGAUAUUUCUCUUGUCUAAGGCCUUUUUCUCACUCCCCCACAACUUCUAUCUUCCCCAAGGCUGAAGAACUUGUUGCCAGACGCUUCCCAGAAAAGAUUGUGGAGCUCAGUAAUUUUCUCAAGGUAAAAACUUCCUUGCGGGUUUUGGAAUGCAGGCGGGGGGGGGGGGCUUGUAAAUGGUUUUCUGCAGCCGGCAUUUAAAAGAAAAAUAGGAAAUUGCUGGAGGCGAAGGGAAUUGUCGCAAAAUGAUCAGCUGAGAUUUCCCCCCCAAGAUUUGGGAGAACCAAAUGGGAUUUGGGACGCUACAGAGUUAACAGUUCUGAAAUCUAAAGGGCUUUGAUUGGAACAAUGUGAGGGAAGACAAGAAAAAAAUCAGAAUGGUGUUCUACAAUUUUAUGAAGGGAUCACAACUAAUAUUUUGAACGGAGGAAUGCUUGCUACUGAAAGGCGGGGCUUAAAUGGACUCCAGGUUGCAAUUCUAGACAUGCUUUUCUUGUAAACAAAAAUUGCCCUUUUCCCUUCUGGGCUAUCCAGGAGCCCAUAUAGAGUCCUUGCAUAGGUUCCCUAUUGGUAGGAGAGAAUAACAGAGGCCAACCAGAGACUAUUGAGAAGCAAAGCAGCUAGUAAGCCUGAUCUUUAUUGAUCUGUUGCAACAGGGUGCUCCCCUCACACGCAGGAGAGGAAGAGGAACCCAGAAAAAUGGCGCGCAAGGCCUUAUAAAGACUUUUGAAAUUGCCACCCUGUAGAUCAAGACCACCCCCAGAAACAUCAUACAUACAUCACAGAAGGGGUGUAACCUAAGACCACGCCUCAGAUACAUCACACCUACAUCACAGAAAAGGCGGUCUAAAACAGAAAAUUAAAUAUUGUUUUUCUCCUGUCGUUGUUUAUCUCCUGUCUGCCAGGUUACCUGUUAAUGGUCACUUGAUUGGAUUGCCUGGCCAGUCUUUUGUACAGAUAAAUACUUAGUUCCUGGGCCAGGUCACAGGCUCACACCCUACGCAUAUCUUGAAUGUGCCCUUAAGACAGGAUUUGUGAGGAAAGAGACAAUGGGGAGGUUUCCCACUUUGACCUUGCAGAGAAAACAUUUGCUCAGUUUAGGAAUCAAAAUGGUUCCAGGUUGGCCUUCCUGUGCUGAUCUAUGUAUGUGCUUGGUUGGUACACUUAUGAACCUUACCAUAUAUCUAAGACCAUAAAAUUCCUAUCACACUUUUCCUGGGAGGAGGUCCUGCGGAACUCAUUGGGACUUGACUUCUUGGUUGACCCACAUAGGAUUGGGCUACUAGCCCUCAUGACGGAAGGUGCAUGGAAGAGAAGACCGGGAAAAUGGCCUCCCUGUGUGAACUGCAGAUUCAAGCUGCGUAGCUCGGAUGAUUUUGGGUGAACUGGGGGUCAAUUAGAAAUGGUAGCAGGUUAAACCAGAUCCCAAACAAUUAAGCUUCCUAUUUGCCUUCUGUUUGGCAGGAAAAGUGGCGUGGAAAUCAAAUAAAUAAUAUUAAAUAAUAAUAUGUAGAACAUUGCCCUUCUCUUUCCUUAUCUUGCUUCUGACACCUGACCUGUUUUUCCAGAUAUUUGGUGAUGAUGGCUUGCUGUUGACUGGUUGAUUUCACAGCUGUUUUUCCAUUGGGGUUCUGUCUGAGGAUUCCUUAUGAAUUCUAUUAAAUCACCGUAUUUUUCUGUCUAUAAGAUGCCCCCAUGUAUAAGACACCCCAUAUUUUGGGCAACUCCAAUUUAAGAAAAUGGGGGAGGAGAUCUAGCCGUGUAUAAGACGCCCCCAAAUUUUGGACAUUCUUUUUUAGGUGGGGAAACCUAGUCUUAUACACGGGAAAAUACGUUAUAUAAUGUCCCCCCUUUCUUGUAUUUGUGAGGCUUUGUUUUCUUAAAAAGUCGCUUGGAGACCUCUCUGUGUAGCAAGGUUCGGAAAGGGACUUCCCUGUGAGGAAAGGUCGCAGAAUUUGGGGACUUUUUAGGUUAAAGGAAAUCAAAGGAAGAGGCGACAUGCUAGAAAAUUGUAAAAUCAUGCAUGGAAUUAAGAAAGUGGGUGCAGAAAAGAUUCCCCCCCCCUUCUCUCAGAACACCAGAACUCAUAGACAUCCAGUGAAACUGAAAGUUGGGAAAUUAAGGUCAGAUAAAACCUUCAUGCAGGUCAUAAUCUAUGGAACUCCCUGCCACAAGAUGCAGAGUUGGCCACCAACUUAGAUGGCUUUAAAAGAGGAUUGGGAAAAUUCAUGGAGGAACAGAGGGCUGUCAGCGGCUUCUGGCUAUGAUGGCUAUUCUCUGCCUCCUCAGACAGAGGCAGCAAUCCUUCUGAAUACCAGUUGCCGGAAACCAGAGGAAGAGAGGGGGCUCUUGAGUUCAAAUCCUGCUUGCAGGUUUCCCACAGGCCUCUGGUUGCCACUGUGAGAACAGGAUGCUGGACUUAGAUGAGCCGUUGGCCUGACCCUGCAGGCUCUUAUAUUACGUUCCUAUGCCAAGCGACUAAUAAAUUGAAUUAUUAUUGUUAUUAAUGAUUUGCACUUAUCGGUCACGUACAGAAGAAAAGGUCUCAAACCGGCCAGACGAGAUAAAAUGCGAAACGUAAAAAGCAAGAUCUUUUUAUUCAUCAACUGAAAUAAUAAUAAUAGUAAUAGUAAUAAUAAUAAUAAUAAUAUAAUAAUUCUGCGUAGUUCUAUGCAGAACUAGAUAAACUAACAGGAAGGAUUCGAAACCGGCGGGACCAGAAAUUCACGGAAGACUGGAGUAAAUUUACGGACUAUUUGGAAAGUAUUUGUGAAGAUCAGACGACGUUUGUAGGUUUGCAAGAAGUUUUGUGAGGAGUAUUGUUGGAAGUAUUGCAAAAAUGGAGAAGGGGGAGGAUGAUUUGUUAAGAGAUGUAAAGGCAAUAUAAAGUUAAGAAAUGCAUAAGAAGUGGUUAAAACGGUGGAUCAUCAGAGGUGCUGAUGGAAGUCCAAAAUGAUUGUAUAAGUGAUAGGUUUUGUGGUACAUUUUAUAAUUUAUAUGUUAAAAUCAAUAAAAAUUAAAUAAUAAGAAUAAAUAGUAAUAUGUAAGAAACACCCCGCUCCAAGACUCGGAUGUUGGGGGCAGCAACGAGAAGUGGGGAAUUGCAAAGCCUGUUUCUUCAUCUCUCCCCCCCCCCAGUCCCCCGAACUGAACGUCUCGGACCUGAUUUCCCUCCGCGUUGAGUUGGACAUCCCUAUCCCUGACCCCAAAAAGGAUGAAGAGCGUCGCAAGCAGCGGGAGGUGAGUGGGGCAGGGGAUUUGGGUCAUAUCUGUCAACUGUCCCUUAUUUGGCGGGAAACUCCCUUAUCCCAGCGCCAUGUCCCGCUGCUGUCCCUUACUGAUGAUGUCCCUUAAAUUUCCCGGGUUUCAAAGGAAGCAGCUCCUCUCCCUCCCUCCCUGCCGGCCAGGGAGGAGGGAGGCUCCAACUGUGUUGCUUGGCUGCGUUGCUCACCCAAUAAGGAGUCUCAGAACGACUGGGGGGUGGAGCUUGCAUGCCUUGUGCCAAUCAAAUCGGCCGCAUUGCCUGGGGACUCGCCUUUGCUCAGCGCUUCCCAGCGGAGAGGUGACGGCGGUUUCCCUUGCUGCAUCCCCUUUGCCGGGUUGCUGCGCUGUGGGAACCACCGCUUGAGGCUUCGUUUGGCUGCUGGCUGGGCUUUCUGCCUUUGGCUCGGAGGGGCUCAGAAGUUGAACAUACCUGUGUUCGGGAAAUCCCUUAUUUUGGCUGCUGAUCCCUUAUUUUCGAGGCUGCUGGUCCCUGAUUUUCAAAUCUGUAAGUUGACAGCUACGAUUUGGGUUGGGGCUCUGGACCUCGAAAUUGUGGGGCAGCAACAGAUCAGAUCCCGGCAAAUCGCAGAUUCCCCCCGUUUCUGGUCCUACGCGGAAGCUCUUUCCGUGUGCAGUAUUUUUACUGCGUUCAAAACCUACGUGUCUCAAACCUUCGCCUCCCUGCCUCCGUUUUUCCUGCUCUCACAAAACCCUGUGAGGCUGAUCAACCUCCAUCCUUCAUCUCCAGAGGUGGCGCCACUUUUCGCCCUAGUUUCCCACAUCCAGAUUAUAUUUUUUUUUUUUGCGCAACUGGACUAUCCCAGUUGAGAGGACGGUUGUGGGUGGGUGACCUCAAUAUUACGCCUCUCCUUUAAUUCGUACCUUCCUCUCUUGCCCGGAGCACUGGAAGGAUCUGAUCUUAACAGCUGCAAUUCCUUCCUUCCUUGAUAAGCAGUGCUUUGAAUUUAGUCCUCCCUGCCCCAGGGGCUGUGGGGGUAUUUAUAUCUCUGCCUUCCCCAUUCCUUUUGUCACGAAGAGCAUAAUCUCUAGUUAGAAAAAAACAUCCCUGUAAUUACGUUUCUUUGGGUGUCUUCUAGUGUGUGUUAGUGAGAUGCCCUUUGUUGCUGGGCUUAAAUUAAGAUUUUUCUGCUUCUGCCAACUCUGUCGUUCUCUGUUCAGGCGAUCCGAAGGGAAGUUAUAAUUAUUUAUAAUAAUACUAAUUUAUUAUUUAUACCCCACCCAUCUGGCUGGGCUUCCCCAGCCAUUCUGGGCGGCUUCCAACAAAAUAUUAAAAUACUGCAAUACAUCAAACAUUACAGUUGGGACGUGUUCUUGAGAGAGAGAGGAAUAUAUUUCCUUUUCCCUUUUCCUUCUUCCGCCCAAGGAAAUCAGUAAACUCUCAGGCGACAGGGAAACAGUUGUGGACUGGCGGGUGAUGGGUUCGGAUUCCGCAACCUGUGAUGGGCUGGAGAAGGACAUUUUCUCUCUGAUCGGUUGCUAAAAAGAAGGAGGAAGUUCAGUUUCUGUGGCCACAUUCGCACCAUGCGCUGUGGUAUCACAGCCAUGGCUUCCCCCAAAGCAUUCUGGGAGUUGUAGUUUGUUAAGGGUGCUGAGCAACUCCUGUUUCCCACGCACAGCUGCAAUUCCCAGUCCGUCGCUCUUCACAAGGAACUCUGGGAAUUGUAGUUCUGUGAGGGGAAUGGGGUGCAUGUCUUCUAACAGCUCUCAGCACUGUUAGCAGACUACAACUCCCAGAAUUCUUUGGGGGGAGCCAUGACAGUUUGUUACAGCUCUUAACAUGUCAACCUGCAACCUCUGGCGUUUCCUGCAAGGGAAUGUAGCCUUCAGGCUGUAAAAAGUCACCCCUCUAUGCUGGGGUAGCUCAGUCGGUGCAGCGCGAGUCUCUUAACUUCGGGGUCACGGGUUCGAAUCCCGUGUCGGACAAAUGAUUUCUCUGUCGCAGGGGGUUGGACUGGAUGACCCUCGGGAUCCCUUCCAACGCUAUGCGUACUGGUGGGUGGCUCUCUUUCUGCCUUCCCCUUGUGCAUUUUGUGAUCUUGUUCCUUUAUUCCCGCGCAGAAAGAAGAGAAGGAUUCCAAAAAGGAAGAGAAGGACUCAAAAAAAUCGGAGGACGAGGAUAAAGGUACGCAGGAUUCCCUGUGACGUCUGGCAGGGAGACAUUUUGAAGCCUUUCCGUGGAAAUGGGGAGCGAGAGGUGUCCCACCUUGAAUUGUCCCAGCGGGCUGCAUUCUGCGCUGUUUUACUAGCCAGGCCCCGUCCCCACUGUGCGUUUAAAGCAGUGUCGCCCCACUUUGAACAGCCGCAAAGGAUUCUGGGAACUGUAGUUUCACGGUCAACCCACCUUCCCAGGGAACUCUGGGAAAUAGCAGCUCUCUGAGCGAAAUGUUUUUGAAUUUAUUUUCUUCAUUAAAUUUGCUAUUUUAUCAAACGGAGGCGGUGGCCUUGGACAAUAGGCCUCCGUUGAAAGAUGAGGCUAAGGAUAAAAAAGAAUGUUUAUAAUACAGUAUAAUGAGAAGGAUGGGAAGAAUGAACACUUUUGUUGUGUAAAUAAUGUUGUCUUUUCUUCUUUUUUUAUUUUGUAGCUUUGUUAUUUCUUUAUUUUUUUCCUUUUCCUUUUUUUUAUUACUUUAUAAAAUUUCUAUUUACUACCUAUUUUAUUUACUACCUAUUUACUAUCUAUUCUAUUUACUAAAUAUUUCUAUUUACUAAUAUGUACUAUUUUCUUUUUCUUCAUGUAAAGUGAUAGCACAUAAUGCUUGUAUAGAUAUGUAAAUUUUUAAUCAAUAAAGAAUAAUAAUAAAAAAGAAAGAUAGAUGAGCCUAAGGAAAGAUAUCUGGAUUGUAUCCAAGUCAACCCAUUGAAAUGAAUGGGCUUGGCUGACAUAGCUUCAUUCACUUCAAUGGAGAACUUGGUUGGCCACAAGCCACAGUUACCAGCUGAGUAGGCCUGUCCCCGGUCCCAUUUAAUCGAGGUUAUUUAAAAAAGAAAUAAAUGCAAUUACUCAUGGCUGGCAGCCAUCUUAGAAGAGCUCCACACACCCCAUUUCUUUUUUACACAAGGGGAAAUGCCUCUUCUACUACUGCUUGAGAAAGGAGGCCGCCUUUGCAUGCUUUCCUCUCUUCUAAGCUGGCGGCCGUUGGCAUAUGUGCCAAGCGCCACCUUGAGGGUGUGACGCCUCUGACGUUCUCCGCCUCUUCCUUCUUCUCCCCAGCGCCCCCCUGCGGUCCAGUUUGCCACAACGAGAAGAUCACCGCCCUGCUGAACCGCGUGAAGCCCGAAAUCCAGGGCACGAAGGAGAAGCUGAACUUGGUGAGGGGUCCGGAGGAAACGGGUCUCGUGCCCGCCCCUUUGCACAACCAGACAUGCUGACCUAGUGCCCUGCUCAGUGUUGGAAGGGACCCCAAGGCUCAUCCAGCCUAAUAAUAAUAAUAAUAAUAAUAAUUGUUAAUUGUUAAUAAUAAUAAUAAUUGUUAAGUUGUGGGUGAACAUAUCAGACAACACAGUGAUUCUUCAAACAGCUCUUGUUUAUUCACAGGCCAGAACAGAACUGAACUGAAGGGUUCAGCCACCCUUCUUAUCAGAGAAGGAUAUCUUAUCUUAUAUCUUAUAUAUAUCUAUCUAUCUUAUAUAUCCACUAGAACGCAACAGUAACCAUUUUCUGUAACUAUCCAAUCACUGAAUGUCACUUUCGAUCCCUUAUUUGCAUAUGUGGACCUGAACUAUCUACAGUAUCCCCCUGCUGGCCCAGGGUGAGAACUUCAGUACAUAAUAAUAAUAAUAAUAAUAAUAAUAAUUUUUAUUUAUACCCCGCCCUCCCCAGCCAAGGCCGGGCUCAGGGUGGCUAACAAGCAAUAAUAAAAACAAGUUGAAUGAAUACAACUUAAAAACAAGAUUAAAAUACAACAAUUAAAAUAUUGGAACAUUAAAAUAUUAAAAUGCAGCCUCAUCACAGGAGGAGAAAGGAAAAAGGAAAAAGGAAGAGGGGGAGGGAAUCAAAUUGGCCCUGUGGAAAGAAAUCAGAUCCUGCAGGGCCCUGGUCUCAUGAGGCAGAGCGUUCCACCAGGCCGGGGCCAGUGUUGAAAAGGCCCUGCUUCUGGUUGAGGCUAAUCUAACUUCCUUAGGGCCCCGGACCUCUAGGGUGUUGCUAUAUGUGGACCUUGAGGCUCUCCGCGGGGCAUACCGGGAGAGGCGGUCCUGUAGGUACAAGGGUUCUAGGCCGUGAAGGGCUUUAAAGGUCAAAAGCAACACCUUAAACCUUAAUUAUUAAAAUAAUAAUAAUAAUAAUAAUAAUAAUAAUAAUAAAGAGUCUCUGGACUAUGCAGAAUUAGAUAAAUUAACAAGGAAGGAUUCAAAACCUGCGGGAUCAGAGAUUCUUAGAGGACUGGAGUAAAUAUAUGAACUAUUUGAAAAGUAGCUGUGAUGAACAGGCUACGCUAGUAGGUCUGCCAGAAGUUUUGUAAGGUGGAUUAUCUGAAAUAUUACAAGAAAGACUAUGAAAAGAAUGAUCAGUUAUUAAAUGUAAUCUAGAAAUUAAAAACGCAGAAUAAGUGAUAAAGAACGAAAAAUCAUCAAGGUGUUGACGGAAGUCCAAAACAUUGUAUAAGAUGACUGCUGGAAUUGAUAUGGUAAAAAAUUAAUAAAAAUGUAUAUCUAUAUAAAAAAAGAGAUUAAGAGUCUCAUUCUCUCUUCCCUCCUUCUCUGCCCAGAUCUCGCUGUGGCUACAACUCCUGGUCCCGCGCAUUGAGGACGGCAAUAAUUUCGGAGUUGCUGUCCAGGUGAGUUUUGGCCCACAGGUCUCCCAGCUCUCCCCGAACACCUUUUCUGUGUGUGUGUGUGUGUGUGUGUGUGUGUGUGUGUGUGUAUUUGUUGACAGUGUUGUAACAGGAAUAGACAGGUCCAUGGAGGAGAAGACUGCCAGGGUACCAAUAAUAUAAUUAUGAUGAUUCUUCUGAAGACCAGUUUUUGGAAACUGCAGAAGAGGAGAGCGUUCUUGUUUUUGGGUCCCACUUAUGGGUCUCACAGAACGGGAAUCUGUUUGGCUGCUGUGAGAACAGGAUGUUCUUACGUUUGUGUGGCCUAGCGGACUUUUCUCAGCCCAAUGGGAUGUUACCUCUAGCACAUCUCGCAACUCCUCAGUGUUAUACGACCAGGUCUUAGUUUUAGUAUAGGCACACUGGUGUACAGUGGUACCUCAGGUUAAGUACUUAAUUCGUUCCGGAGGUCCGUUCUUAACCUGAAACUAUUCUUAACCUGAAGCACCACUUUAGCUAAUGGGGCCUCCUGCUGCUGCCGCGCUACCGGAUCACGAUUUCUGUUCUCAUCCUGAAGCAAAGUUCUUAACCUGAAGCCCCAGUUCUGGGUUAGCGGAGUCUGUAAGCGGAAGGAUAUGUAACCUGAAGCGUAUGUAACCCGAGGUACCACUGUAUAGCUAUGGAAUGGGGUUUUUGGUGGCAGACCUCAGCAGUGCCGCCCCAAAUUAUUUAAUAAUAAUAAUAAUAAAUUUUAUCUAUACCCCGCCCUCCCCAGCCAAGACCAGGCUCAGGGCAGCUAACACCAAAUAUAAAAACAAUUGAUUGAAAUACAGCUUAAAAAACAAGAUUAAAAUACAAUGUUAAAAUGCAGCCUCAUUUCGGUGGAAACUCCAAGUUUCCUCUAAACCAGAGAAGUGGAGGGAUUUGGGGCUCUGGAUUGCAUUGAGCCAUGGGACUCUUUUUGACACACCUGAUUCGUAAGUCCAGAAAAAGAGAGAGCGCGAAAGAGACCUUGCCGUCCUUCAACUCUGCUUCUACCCACCACUGGCUCUGACUCUACCUGCUAGGCGGUACAGCGCCCAAAUGAUUUUCCUUCAUAGGAAAAAAAUGAUCCAACUCAUCUUCUGCACUAUCAAGAGAGCUGGCAUUUGGUGCACUACGUACCCAAAGAGAUCCGUGGGAGAAUCUGAAAGCGGUGGUGUGUGCCACCGAGCAUGUGCAGAGUGCACUGCCCUCCUCGUCCGUUAGCCAGUGUGGUGUAGUGGUUAAGAGCGGAAGUCUUGUAAUCUGGGGAACCGGGUUCGAUUCCCCGCUCCUCCACCUGCAGCUGCUGGGUGACCUUGGGCCAGUCACACUUCUCUGAAGUCUCUCAGCCCCACUCACCCCACAGAGUGUUUGUUGUGGGGGAGGAAGGGAAAGGAGAAUGUUAGCCGCUUUGAGACUCCUUAAAGGGAGUGAAAGGCGGGAUAUCAAAUCCAAACUCUUCUUCUUCUGCUGCUUAACUGCAGCUACACCCGGGAUUAAGAAGAGUCCCUUUGCUAGCAGAGAUGUCACGUAGACAGUCAAUCUGUUUUGGGCCCAGAAAUUAUUCUUGUUCAGCCAAGACUUGCUCGCCAUGUUUCCCGUUCCCUUUUCCUUGGACCCUGUCAUCGCACUGGGAACUUCCUGUGCUAUAACCCUCGUCUUUCUCUCCUCUUCCAGGAAAAAGUGUACGAACUGCUGACCUCGGCUCGGACAAAGCUGGAAACUUUCCAGACUCAGAUUGCCAAGUGAGUCUGAAAUCGGAAGCAGAGCAAUUCCAACUUCCCCUUUUCCCUAUAUUUGGUUUAAAAGGGGGGAAAAUACUGAGGAAGAGGGAAAUUCGGUGAAUUUUCUCCAAAGAGCUUCUCACUCAAUCCACGCAACAACCCAGCGAGGUAGACUGAGAGGCUGUGACUGGCCCAAGUUCACCCCGUGAGAGCCAGUGUGGUGUAGUGGUUAAGAGCGGUGGACUCGUAAUCUGGGGAACCGGGUUCGAUUCCCCGCUCCUCCACAUGCAGCUGCUGGGUGACCUUGGGCCAGUCACGCUUCUCUGAAGUCUCUCAGCCCCACUCAUCUCACAGAGUGUUUGUUGUGGGGGAAGGAAGGGAAAGGAGAAUGUUAGCCGCUUUGAGACUCCUUCGGGUAGUGAUAAAGCGGGGCACCAAAUCCAAACUCUUCUUCUUCUUCUUCAUGGCUGAGUGGGGAUUCGAACCCUGCUCUCCUAGGUCCUGGUCAGACACUCUAACCCAGUUUUCCUCAACCUCGGCCCUCCAGAUGUUUUUGGCCUACAACUCCCAUGAUCCCUAGCUAGCAGGACCAGUGGUCAGGGAUGAUGGGAAUUGUAGUCUCAAAACAUCUGGAGGGCUGAGGUUGAGGAAGCCUGCUCGAACCACAACACCACACGGGCUGCUGGUGCUUGUCUGAAGUUUAGGACUACAAGUUCCAUCAGCCUUGGCCAGUAGCCUAGGACAAGGAAGGCAAGAAUACAACGUACCUUCAUCCACACGGUCGCAAAAUUCACAGCUGCAGAACAUUCUUAACGCUUUUUUAAAAUGCUUUUAAAACAAGGGUAGACGAUACAAUACGAUAAUCUUUAUUGUCAUUGUCCCAUACAGAACAACGAAAUUGAAAAAAUCUACACCAGACAUUCAAAAACCAAGCCGCCUGCUAUCCCAGCCUAGUUAGCCCCCUAAAAACUCUGAUACCCUAAAAUUAAAUACAAUAUACUCCCAUAGAGACUACCUUAGACUGCGUUUAAAACCAAAAUCACAUUUGAAUAGAACCUGUUUCUCAGGCGGCUAGUCCUAGUCUUUAUAACCCUGUCCCUUCUUCCAGAAGGCAGAAGCUGAAAGAGAUCAUUUCCGGGGUGCGCACUAUCCUGCGCUAUCUCUGCAGCUUUCUUAUGGCACGUGGAAGCAUAGAUUUGAUCCAAGGUGGGAAGAGUGCACCCAGUUAUUCUCUCCGCAGUCUUUACAGCCCUGGAUGGCAUUGUAUUUUCCCUGACCGUGCAGCUCCCAAAACCACACACACAGACCAUAAGACCAUAGAAUGUUGUACUUCCUAUAUGUUUCAGGCUGAAACUCCCCUCACAUCCUAGACCUGAGAAGGACUGAUUUGGUUCUAAAUUACCAGCAAGGGGACAGAUUGAUUCCCCUAGGAGAAAAGGUUGCGGCAUUUGGGGUCUUUUAAAGUUUAAGCAAAAUGUAAGACAUGGCUUGUAAGAUUAUGCAUGGGAUACAAAAAGUAGAUAGGGGGAAAUCCCCCUCCCCAAUAUGGCUAGAAAUCUUGGACAGCCAAUCAAGCUGAGUGUUGGAAGUUUGGGGGCAGAUUAAAGAAAGGACUUACUCACGCAGGAUGUAGUUAAACUGCGGAACUCCCUCCCACAAGAAUCAACGGUGGCUGCCAAAAUGGAUGGCUUAAAAAGGGGGUUGGAUAAAUUGAUGGAUCCGCCAGGUCCUCAUUAGGUUCUUAUUGAACAGCAUUUAUAUACUGCUUGAUUGUAGUAAAACCUCUGAACGUAUUGUAAUAAAUAAUAAGAUUAUCAGUUGAAAACAGGCCACGCAGGUCAGCUGCCUGGGCCAGCUAAAGAGGUUCGCUGGGGGAACUCAUUUUACUGCUGAGUUGAGGCAAGUUGGUUUCCUCCUUCCCUCCCCCAUCUGAUGAAUGGAGCGGCGCUUCAGAAGAAACUAAUUCCUCUUCCACGCAGCUUAAGCUCCCUGACCCGAGAUCCAAAGAUUGCACAGGUCCCUCCCAGGUGAAUCAGGUCCUCCAAGCAACAGCCGGUCCUUAAGGAGGUGCUUGUGGGGAGGAGAAGAGGAGGCAACUCUUCCCAUCUCACACACAGGGCUUCACAAAGGGCGAAAAUCCAUCCUUUUGCUAGUUACCGUAUUUUUCGCUCUAUAAGACGCACCUAGUUUUUGGAGGAGGAAAACAAGAAAAAAAAUAUUCUGAAUCCCAGAGGCCAGAACAGCAAGAGGGAUCGCUGCGCAGUGAAAGCAGCAAUCCCUCUUGCUGUUCUGGCUUCUGUAAUAGCUGCGCAGCCUGCAUUCGCUCCAUAAGACGCACACACAUUUCCCCUUACUUUUUUGGAGGGGAAAAGUGAGUCUUAUAGAGCAAAAAAUACAGUAUUUUACGGUACUCUGUGUGUGUGUGUGUGUGUGUGUGUGUGUGUGUUGUGAUGAGGAAAGCUUCACCUGUUGGAUUUCUGCCUGCCCUCCCGGAAGACGGGGAAGCCGUGCCGGAAAACGAGGCAGCAUCUUGGCUGCUCUUGCCGGGCCUAAAACGCUGACCUUGCUUUCCUAUGUAUAAAAUGUCCGAAAUGUUCAGAUGAAGCCGCCUUCAUCUGAUCGCCGGGGUCUUACUCAGAGACCUUUCCCGUCUCCUGAUGUUCCUUUCAACUGGAGAUGUUGAGGACUGAAUUGGGAGCCAUCUGCCCUGCUCCUAGUUUGCAGUUUGUUAAGGCUGCUGGGAAUUGUAGUGCUCCGAGGGGUACACUAUAGUUCCCAGGUGCUGGUGGUUGGGGGGUGGCGAGAGAUUGUGAUUUAAAUGUAGGGUGUAUUGGAUGCAGCUAAUUGCUGUGGAGCUGAGCAGCUUCCUAGCAGUUGGGCAGAGAAAGCAAAGGUGAACUCAGCCUGUAAAUGUGGGAGCGGCCGAGAACUCGCACUGUGGACUUUGCAUGGAUGCCCUAAAUUGGUUGGUUGCUCAGCAGGGGUGUGAGCGAGCACAAACGACGGAGAGCGUGGGUGCAAACACACCCAGAACUCGUUAAUUCAAAAUCUAGGUCACAGUGCUGCGGACAAUCCUUGCAAUGCAAAAUUGAGGUUUUUCCCGUUUUUGAGACCCGAGAAGCAACAGAAAUCUUUCAGUGCUCCCUAGCGUGCCGAUUUGAAAAGUUUAAUUGAAAGUUCCCACCUGUUUGGCUUUCCACCACCCUCCCUAACUUUCUCUCCUCCCCCAAGCCUUUUCACGGGUGCCACCCCCCUCUCACACACACCUGGAGCUGUGCGCUGUCAACACCACAGGGAAACAGGUGUAUAAACAGGUGUUUCAGAUCGUUGGUUUUUGGGAAAAGGUGCUGUGACAGAAAAUUUCACCCAAGUUGGUGGUGGUGGGUUUUGGUCAGUCCAUUUGCGUUUCUUGUCCUGGGGGGUGGGUUUUUUUUUUGUCACGUACAUGUUAAUUUCGAGUAAGUAUAAUUUUUUCACCCCCCCCAAAAAAGUCCUCCUGAUUCCUGUCACUCCGCCAUUCUUUGUUACCUUUAAAAAGGGAACGAUGAAUUUCCCUUGUGUACCCUUUCUCUGCAAAUUCUCUUCGUUCCAUCCGCCAAUUUAGCAUAGCAAAUUGAAAAGCAGUGGUUUUGCCUUCGGGAGGCAAGGUUGCCCUGAGCUUGCGAUUUUGGGAGAUUGAUAGCAUAUGACCUAGAAAGGCCUGAGGAUCAGGACGGGGAGGACUUAAAGGAGACCUGAAAAGUGAUCCGGGCUUCAGGGCAGGGAAGGUGACCUGUGAAAUUUGGCCUCUCUUGCAGUUGGUCAGUUCUGGGGUGGAGAUUUCCUACCGCACUCAUAAGGCAGUAAAUUGAAAUUUACUUCCGUCGGUGAAUCGAAAGCCACCGUUAACAGCCGAACAAAAGGGGAUGACUUUUUCUGCAUCUUUGGAGCAAAAAAAGCCCCCAAACCAUCCCACCUUGUGUGGGAAAUGAGAUACUUCUGAAGAAUAGUUGCUGGAAACUGCAGCACCCAUAGUCCACAGCAAGCGGGGGUAGGGUGGGGAUAAGGUUUUGGGCCGCUGGCCAGAUCCAGUUCUCUCCUGGGUCAGCACUGCAAGCAACAAGUGUGGUGGAUUACACAGGUCAAGGGUGUGUAUUUGGGUCUCUUCUCUGCUACAGACCCCCAAUAGGUAAAGGUAAAGGGACCCCUGACCAUUAGGUCCAGUUGCGGACGACUCUGGGGUUGUGGCGCUCAUCUCGCUUUACUGGCCGAGGGAGCCGGCGUACAGCUUCAGGAUCGUGUGGCCAGCAUGACUGGCGAACCAGAGGAGCGCACAGAAACGCUGUUUACCUUCCCGCUGGAGCGGUACCUAUUUAUCUACUUGCACUGUUGUGCUUUUGACUGCUAGGUUGGCAGGAGCGGGGACCGAGCAACAGGAGCUCACCCCGUCGCGGGGAUUCGAACCACUGACCUUCUGAUCCGCAAGUCCUAGGCUCUGUGGUUUUACCCCAUGAUCUGUAUCAACUCAUUCCUGCUCUGCCUUCUUUGUGUUUCCCAGGUAUUACUCUGAACGGGGCGACGCGGUAUCAAAGGCAGCCAAAAGUCCACACGUGGUAAGUUCCUUCCUGCUUUAGUCAUGUGGCAGAAACAGCUCAAGGGUUAUGUAACGUAGGAAGAGGCCGUUGGGAUCUGCCCAAUGCCCCAUCUAGUCCAGCCUCGUGUCCUCACAGUAGCCUGAGCACGAGAACACCCUUUCCCUCCCUCGCUACUGGUAUUUGGGAAUGUUCUCUGAACAUUCGCGCUGACCUUCCCUCCUCUGUCACUCGCAGGGCGACUACCGCCAACUCGUGCACGAAAUCGAUGAGGCGGAAUAUGCUGAAAUCCGAUACAUGAUCAACGAGCUGAGAAACAUCUACGUGAGUGAUGGGGGGCUAUGGGGCAGAGGGGAGCAUCUGUGUUGCUGCUGGGCUUUUUGCCAUCCGUAUCCAAGGAAUAAGCAAAGCAAUGAUGCACAGGAACAUGAAUGUGCAACGCUCGAUUCAUUGCGUUGUACAGGCUGACUCACGCUAGGUGAGUAGGCACCAGCUAGCCUGCUCUCCACGUAACCUGUCUCCAUCGAAAAGUCUGGGCAGGCUUCAGCACAAAUAGUUCCAGCCCCCUUCUUGUGCUCGUCUCCCAUGGUAAAAAGGUUAAGGGGACCCCUGACCAUUAGGUCCAGUUGUGACUGACUCUGGGGUUGCGGCGCUCAUAUCACUUUAUUGGCCGAGGGAGCCGGCGUACAGCUUCUGGGUCCUGUGGCCAGCAUGACUAAGCCGCUUUUGGCAAACCAGAGCAGUGCAUGGAAACGCCGUUUACCUUGCCGCCGGAGGGGUACCUAUUUAUCUACUUGCACUUUGACGUGCUUUUGAACUGCUAGGUGGGCAGGAGCAGGGACCGAGCAACGGGAGCUCACCCCGUCGCAGGGAUUCGAACCGCCAACCUUCUGAUCGGCAAGUCCUAGGUUCUGUGGUUUAACCCACAGCGCCACCUGCGUCCCAUGGACUGUACCACAAAUGACAUUUCUUUAAAAAGACAGGCGCAUCCUGCGACUCGGAGUUCCAGAGGUUAACGGCACCUCCGAUGAAGUUGUGCUCCCAUUUGCUCCGUGUUAAGGUUUUGCAGUGGCUAACUUUGGAGUUAAUGGUAAUUUGAGUCUAGUGAUUUAUUUACAAACACAGAAUUGCAAUACAGUGGAUCCUCUAGUUAUGUACCGCUCUGGAUACGUAACUUUCGGGUUACGAACAUGGGAAACCCAGAAAUGAAUAGUUCUGGGUUUCGCCACGUGCGUAUGGAGAAGCGCUCAAUUGUGCCGUGCGCAGAAGCAGUGCCUCUGCCUACGGACUUUUCGGGUUGCGGAUGGACCCCCAAAACGAAUUUAAUUUGUAUCCAGAGGGUCCACUGUAUAGCAAAUUCCUGUUGUGCCUGCUUUCCUGGAUCCAGAGAAUGUGCUAGCGGGGAAGGAGUUUUUGGGUGGGUGAGCUCAAAUGUCUACCUCCUCCUCAGCUUCAUGUAGCUGCUCCUUAGUUUUAUGUGCCUCAUGCGACUGAAGUAGGCUGUUUGCCCCCCACCCCCAAAUACUAGGUUUCAAAAUAUCUCUCUUUCUUUCUAGGCUGUGGUCUACGACAUCACCCUGAAGAACUUCGAGAAGAUUAAGAAGCCUCGCGAUGACAACAAAGGAAUGAUCUACUAAGCCAACUCACCAGGAUCAGGCUGGAAGAAGAAGAAGAAAACAACUCCUUUCACCAAGAACAGCCUUGAUUUCACACAAGCUGUUUUGGGUUUGUUGUUGUUAUUUAAAUGCUCUAAAUGAUAUCCAGUUAACUGGAACUUCCUGCCAACCAGCUUCAUUCACUUUCAAAAUAAAGAGGUUUUUAAAUUUGACAA